ACCGAGAUUUGGGCAGUGGAUGAGCGAGAAGAAUACAGACGAAAUGGAGGGGAAGGCAGCGAUUGUUCCCUCUUUAUCAGCUGGUCGAGAUCAACCAGGUAAAGUUCAUCGCCAAAAAAUUCUGGUACUGUAGUAGCUUAGUAUGUUACUAAGGCCAUUUAAUAUCAUGACAUAUUUAAUAAUGCAACGAGGGAAGCAAGUCGAAAAAAUUAAACUGAAAAUGCUAGGUUGAUAACAUUUCAUCAUUGUAGGGUACAGCUGUAAAACCGGUAAUUCUUUUUUAUUUUAGACUUUAGAAGGUACCUUAUGUCACAGGUAUGAGUGUAAAAUAAAUUGUUUCAAGUCAUUAGAUUUUAGCACAUAUCGAGCGUGAGUAUGUUGUACAAUGUAACUGCUUGAAAUUUAGGAGUACAUGUAGUGUGUCCAUGGCCCUCUACAUUUCCCUCUUGGGUUUAUGUAACGGUCUUUUUGUUUUAUGGUGAGAUCAUUCCAAUUCAGAUCGUUUCAUUUUAUAGUCAGGUUGUUCCAAAGUUUCAGUGUAAAACUUGAUGUGAAGGGGGCUUUUAUAUUAGCUUCUUGUUGAUGGCCUUGUUUCUGCUCGUGGGCCUUAUGGAAUGCAUUUCCAGCAUUCUGGAGCAAAAAGGAGGGUGUUUGAACAGAACAUAGACAUGAUUAAAUUUGGCUUUUUUAUUCAGCGAUAGCUCAAAAAUGCUCUAUUUUUUGUGUAUUCAUUUUCUUCUUGCCAAUAUCUAUGAACAAGAGAUUCUCUCUUGCUAUGAACCAUUGGGUCAGUUACUGAACCAAAUUCUUGCAAUGAUCUUUCAAUGCUUUUUAAGUAGCAAGGGAACCAAUGAAUAAUGCAAUUGUAAUUCGAUGAAAAGAGGUGUUCAAGGAUUAUUAACUAAAAACAAAGGACAUAUAUAUAUUUACUUGUCUAUUUUGUUUGAUGCUUUUCUUGAGGUUGAAUCAGGUCAAGCAGAGUUCUUUGUGUUUUCCUUGCCACAGACAUGUCGUGAACUCUGCUUGACCUUGCUGUACAUCAAGAGAAUGCGUACAAAUUUACGUAUGUGUACGUAUGUGUUGUGCUGCUUUGGCACCCAGACACCAUGGUUUUGGGCAAAGGUAAGGUUGCUCUGUAGAGUGUUUGGCUUUGAUGAUUGAAUGAUGAAAGCUACUCAGAAUUAAGGCAAGUCUCUUUGGGUUUUCUAGAACAAAACUUUGCCAAUCGAAGGUUUGUGUUCUGCAGAAAAUGUCUCUCAUGUUAUUUGUAAAAACUGGUUAAUUUCCAAAGAAAAGUAGGCGGGGAGUUUACAUGAAAUAGCCAGCAAAUCUUGCUGGCCACCGGCUCUUAUUGAAAACCUGGGGCUUGGAAUGAUCUAACCAUGGAAUAAAGUGACUGGAUACCCCCUCUUGUUGCUUCUCUUAAAUAAAGAGGCUUCAGAGGGUAAAAAUAUAUUGUUCUGACAAGUGUUAUCUGUAGUACCACGCACAUUGGUAAGUUGGGUCAAAAAAGCACUCUUUCACUUUUCUUAAAGACAGGUAGUUUUUGGCUCAGAUGACUAAUACUAUUGAAGCUUUCAACUGACGGCACAAGAAAGAUUUUAUGAUGUACAAGGUUUCCUUUCAGCUUUUGAAGAAGUUGACAUGCUAACUAGAAUAAAAUGUCUGAAAACCCUGAAAUUAUAACCUUAAAUUGAGAUGGUUUUUUUGUGGAAAUGCAGUACCAAGUUUAAAUAAACAAACAUCAGAAAACAUACCAUGGGACAGAUUUUCUGCGAUCAUGAUAUUUACAGAAAACUGUUUUAUUCUUUGUGAUCUUGUGCAAUUUGAGACAUGUCUGAUAUUGUGCACUCUGCAUGGUAAUAUUUUAUCAGACCUGUAUUUGAAAUUUUUGUGUUCUCCUAGCUCCAAGAAAUAAAGGGCAGUGGCGUGGUAAAACUAGAAGAGGGCAGAACUUUGGAAGAUUUGCAAACCAAGAACAUUACAGACAACAAAGAGACUUCUCUGACAGGAAAGAUGUUUACAAUCAACCACAAAGACGUGGUGCCAUGCCCAAUAGAAGACCGCCUUCAAGAGGUUUUUUGCCUACUUCUUCAUGCUCUAGAAAGGUAAUAUUUUUUAUACAGAUACAAUGUAAUGUGGCUAAAAUGUAAUUUAGGCAAAGUUAAAUUUCAAGCCAAUGCGGUCAGCGGUCUCCUGCUCAUGUGUAUGUGAUCUUUGGGGUGACCGCAGGGGCCUUUACUUAUCUUGUGACUCGUGUUGCAUUUCAUGCUGAUCUUUGGGGAUCUGCUAUUAAAGUGAAUCUCUGCGGAUUCUGGCUCCCAGCCCUUCCCUCCCCUUUUUGGGUUUGUGCGUUGGUAAGUAUGGGGUCAGGUGAGUAUUUUCCACUGAAUUCCUUCAGUGUGACGGUGCCAGUUGGUGGCUGCAUGCAGGGGUGGUUCCUGCGUGCAGCAGUGCCAUGGAUACCUCCUGCUAUGCCUGAGGUGAUCAGGCUCCUGUCCAACCUUUAAGGCACCAGUUCCCACGCUCAACUAUUGGCAGUGAGUUUAAACUAAGCUUAUUGUAGAAGGUGACAUUGGUGUUGUGUUUAAUUCAAACUUGAGCUUGUUGUAGCAGAAAUUCUGCAUUAUCGCAGAACUUAGAUCACAUGAUGUUAAGUUUUAUGUGUACAAGUCAAUGUAAUGAAUUUUGAGAAGAGCACAAAACAUCAGCUGGAGAGAGCAUGCCUUGCUUGAGAGGAUCUAUAAUGGGGAGCUAACACCUCUAUCUUUGAGACUCUCGCAAAAAUUUGUCCAGUUUACUGGUCAUUGCUGUCGGCAGAUAAAAAAAUAAUCUCAUCUCUCAUCCUCUGGUGCCUAGUGGGCAAAGUGCAUUGAUGUAAGCUAACAUACCCUGAAGUGAUUGCUAUGGAUUCAGGACUUGAUACCAGGAACCUGAGUACAGCAAUGGUGAAUUGUGGUGUUUGGGAAGAAAUUUCCAUGAAUGUUCCAUCCACUGCAGUAGUCAAAGGAUGAUAAUAAUGAACAAAUUUUGUUUUGGCCAUUUUCAAUCUCUCUUAGCCAGAGGAUGAGGCAGGGCUCUGGUUUAUGGAAUUUGCGUAUGCUGUAAUGUCAACCGAAGUACUGUGUUAUGCUGCUGUUGAAGAUGUCAUUGUUUGAUUACUAGGGUUGUGUAUCUGAUGUGUUAAAAGACAUUUCACUGACCAGUACUGGUUCCAAAAAGUAUGGCACAUCACUCAACCAUCUGUUGAACUUCAAGUAUGCCCCAAGGGAAAAGCCAGUCAUCUACCAUUCAAGAAACAGCUCCAAAAAGUACACCCCAUUCAACAAAGAACAAUUCAUACAAGCCAAGUGAGUGCAAUGUAGUUUCUUUCAAUUAGGUUACCGUAAAAUUCCAAAAAUAAGCCUCUCCAUGUAUAAGCCCCUCCAAAUAUACAAGGCCCCCAAACCAGUAAGGCAAAAAACCCUCCGUUAAAUCGCCCCUCAAAAUAGAAGCCCCCCUGGGGGCUUACACUUGGAAAAUUGCCCUCAAAUACAAAGUAAAACAAAACAAAAAUGGUAAAUUUACAUCCAACUAUAAGGCUAGCCCACUCAAUUUUGAAAUGCAAAUUUCCCUCCGUAGAUAAGCCUCUUCGAAUAUAAGCCCCUGAAAAAGAGCCUUUGAAAAAUAUAAGCCCCAGGGCUUAUUUGCAGAAUUUUACGGUAUUUUGUUACAUGUAAAUCAUUUCACAAUAUGCGUACUGAAUUUCUUUUGUCUUGUCAGCUUUCAGUUUGUAGUUUGUGACUCUGGUGAUUACACAGUUCAUGCCAUGGAUCCUGAUGUACUGGUGGAGUGGGAUUUGAUAGAACAAGUGGUGUGUAUAUGGAAUACAUUACAAAUUGGCAGCGGUGGAACAUGAACUGUCCAUUGUACUUUCAAAAACUAAAUGAAGACGGGUUUCGAUAAAAACUGAAGUAGCCAGCAGAUUUGAAUAGGGUAACCGACUGUAUGAACAGUCCACGUUUUCAAGGGGUGUCUGGGGGCAUGCUUCCUCAGAAAAUUUUAAAAUUGCAAAGCCCUAAUAAGUGAUUUCCAGCGUUUAGGGGACUAAACUGAGUAUAAAAGAGUGAGUUUUCCAUUCAAGAAGAUUUGGGUUUUUGUCAAAUUUUGAUCUAUUAGCCACAGAAUUAAUUCCUGCAAGCAGUGAACAAAUUAUAAUUAUACUAAGUUACAUACAUUUCCGCGUGAACAAAUUAUAUUUUUGUCCAUUACAUUAUUCAAACUAGGUGCUUCUUCUUCGGAGGAAAAAGUAGCCGACUUCUCUGAGCAGUGUAGUCGUCAUGUUUCGUCGGUCGUUAGUGCUUAUUGAAACCCCUGGAAGAGGAGAUUUGAUAGAGAAAUUUACAUCUUCUGAGUGUUAUCAACUAUAUUAAAACAUGGCUGUGUGUUAAGUUCCAAUUUUGGGGGCAAAAAUAGUGAAAAGGAGUUCAUAUUGAACCAGUGAACUGGUCUACAGAACAUUGCUGAAGCUGUACACAAAAUUUGUCUCAUAUUUUGUUCAUUAUUAAUUUUGGCCCCCACAACCCUUGCAUUUGGCUUGAAAUUGUUGAAGCUGAUACACCACUUCUGAGAUUUUUUAUUUGCUUUUUCUCCUAUCCCUAAUAAUUCAUGAUUGUAAAUAAGUAGCAUUAGGAAACAAGUCAUAUUUUUCUCAUCCUGGACAUUGUGUUUUUUUUAGCGAAUCUUCAGCCACGAAGUUCCGUCCUGUCCAAUCUGUUUAUACCCUCCUGUGGCAGGUAUGUUUGGAUAACUAUGGGUAUACACAGUUGCCUACAUCAAGAACAAGUUAGUUUUAUCCUUGACUGAAAUAUCUUGGCAUAAAUCUUAGUUGGAGUACAACUACGUGUACAGUUAUUGUUUGUGACAAUUCAUGUUUGCUGUUUGUUUUGCCGACCAGUAGCUCAGUGAAUUUUGGGAAUUGACGACUUACAGCAUAUUUUGUGGGACAUUUUUUAAUUUUUAUCUUGGAAACCUUUUUUAAAGAGUCUUAUCUCUAUUCUCCUGCUAACAAGUACUGUAGGAAAAUGGUAAUAGUCAAUGGAACUUCUGUAGGAAGAUACGAUUUGAUCAUGGAGUGUUUGAUAGCAUUCAUUUUGUGUUAAACAAAUUUACAUCAAAACAUACUCAUGUCACUAUAAGGUCUACAGAUCAAUGUAUGAGAGAUGGCGGGAAUUGACCAGCAGGCAUCGAUCUAUUAGUCAUUCUCUGUCUGCCCAUGUUCGAUUUCUAGAGUUUCCUAAAUGUACAAUGAAUUGUGAAAAGUUUAAACCCAGGAGUCAUUUCAUAAGAAGGUGGAGCAUGAUUGUCUGGGUGAGGGUAGUUCUGAAUGGGACAGUUGUUGACAGUGACUGAUGUUUCGACAGCCUGUGUGGUAGUCAUCUUUGACUGUGAAGAUAACUACCUCACAGGUUGUCGAACUGUUAGUCGCUGUCAACAACUGUCUCAUUCAGGACUUUGCUCACCGAGAUGAUCAUGCUCAACCUACUCAUGUACAAUAAAUAUAGGCUGGCCCAUUUUAUUAACCCCCCCUCCCCCCAACCCACCCCAUACUUCAUCCUUGCCUCUUAUCCUGACCCAUUGCACUAUGUUCUCUUCCAUUUUCCACUGAAAAAAAAAAGGCCUACACUACAGUCUACCGGUACUCCGUUUGUGGAAAAAUUACAGUAGUCAAAAUAAUGUUACCAAUGUUUUCCACUGAAUAUUGAAAAUCAUGAAUUAUCAUUUUUUUGUAUCUCUAGCGAAAAUAACUCGCUGUGGUCACAUUUAUUGCUGGUCCUGCAUUCUCCAUUACUUAAGUCUGGUAAGUGCAUAUAGCACUUUAUAUAAUGUGUAUAUUUAAUUUGUAGGGAGAUGGGGCAGAAGGAGCUCUCAAUAAUUUUCUCUGAAUUUUUGACAUAAUAUUCAGCUGGCAUGUCUCCGAUCUUACACUUGUGAAUGCAUCAUGAAAUUAAAGAUCGUGAGUUGAGAAAUAACACUGUCUGGGUGAAAGGAACUCAUUGUAAUAAGAAAAUGCUACACUGGACUUCAUGUAAACUGGAUUUACAACUUGUACAUGUCCAUUUAAGCUCUGACAUUGCCUGCCUAAUGCUGUAAACAUCCAUAUUCUAAUUUGCAUUGUUUCAUUUUUACACAGACUGAUAAAUCAUGGCAGAAAUGUCCCAUUUGUUAUGAAGCAGUACAUAAGAAAGAUUUAAAGAGGUAGAGGACAAAGUGACUUUAUUAAUGAUUAUUUUCCCUUGAACCAGUACAUUGAUACCUUGCUACAAGUACCCUGUUUAGCUGCCAGAUUGAGAUGUGAAUAAUGUAGUACCUAUGGGUAUUUUGCUUUUCAAAAGGAAAAAGUCAGUACACAAUUUUGGUCUCUGGUUUGUGUGCAGAAGUAUUCACCACCGUCAAAGUGCUUUUUUCAAGGGAUAAAUUUAACUUGUCAGUAUCUGUCCCAUGGUUGUAAAACUUCAAAACUAUGGUCAAACCUCUUUUCAAUGACCACCUUGGGGAUAGAGGUAUAAUUAAUGAUGCAUUGUAGAGAAAUGACCUCUACGGGGAGUAUACAUAAGAGGUGUAAUGUGACACUAGUUUUUGGGUGGGGAAUGGUUACACCAUUUUUAUUUACAUUAAAAAUUACAGUACUGUGCCCUUUCUCCCCCAAUUGUCACAUUAUGCUCCUACAUUGGUUUCUUAUCUCUAUCCCCAAGGUGACCUUUGUAGAGAGGUUUGAUUGUACAUGUUUGACUUUAUCACAUUUAGGAAUUACUAAUCUCUCUUGGCAGUAGUCAAUGAAAGAUGAAGUGUAACAGAAUAAAAUAAAUAUAAAUCUUUGCCUAGAACAUUUAAUGUUCUAGGCAAAGAUCCUUUUUUUCUAAUGUUAUUCUCUCUGAAAUAUUUUAACAACCUUAUGAAUUUAUUAUUAUUAUAAUUUAUUAUUAUUAUUACUGUCUUUUUUUUAUCAGUGUUGUUGCUGUGGAGUCCCAUCCUUACUCAGCAGGAGACACCAUUAGAAUGAGGCUGAUGAAACGAGCAAAAGUAUGAUAAUUUAAUGAUUAGUCAAGGCAAAAAAAUUGCCCUUGUUGCAAAAAAUAAUGGAAACUAAUCCAUUUUGUGCUUUUAAUUCCGUUUAGAAUUCUGUGCUUGUUAUUCCUAAAGCUCAGUGGCAUGAUAGGGAGUUCAGGCCCUUCGAGAUCAAUGGUAUUUCAAUAUAAUAUUAAGUUAUAAACUAUUGUUGUGGGUUAAAAUGUGGUUUAUAGUUUGAAAAGUUAUAACUUCUUCUUCCCUCCCCCAAAACAACUGAAUCUAAAAGAUCAUAGCACCUUUACAGAUAUCUUAAAAGUGGGGCCACUAAGUAUGCGUUAAGCAACUACCAUGGGAGUGGCAACAUCAGUCCUAAUAAUUCCAUAGACAAACAGUAACUUUGCAUAAAUUAUGCCUUGCACUGUUGUGUUGUUGUUAGAUUUCAGUAGUAAACUAGUAAAUAAUGAAAGGCUUACAGUCAAACCAGGUCAAGCGUUCCCGUCGCUAACAAACUAAUGAAUUCAUUAAUGGCAAAAUGAUUUCGUUUGUUGAUUCAAUAAUCCAUUCAUAAAAUGAAUGAUCCAACCGUCAAAUUGUACCUCGAUUCAAUAAUCAAAUGUUGAUUUGGUUUAUGAACAAAAUCUACCUGUUCUUUAUUCUUGUCUGUUGUGUUCAAUCGUAUUUGCUUCCCUUUUCCUGCCGUUUACGAUUGCGUUUUUCAUUGCCUUUAAUCAAAACAACAGCUAGAAUAGACAGACCGCAAACGCAAAGAAACUGACAAAGGCUGAGGAUCGAAAUCCACCAAUCACCGCACAUACACUGACCUCAGUUUGACCGUCGUGUUUUCUAAGAGGUCAGGCCUAGGUCUGUUGCACUGAUUAUUGGCAGCAAACUGGCGUACAUGUAACAUUUUGUUUGGGUUUGAACUUCAGAACUCGCCAGCACUCGACUCUCAGAAAAAAAAGAGGAACAAACAAAAUUCUGAGGUCAACUUGUGGAAAGCGUAAUUUUUCAAAAAACAGUAAUCGAAUCAACAUUCGAUUAUGGAAUCGAGGCUAAAUAUGACUAUUGGAUUGUUCAAUUUAUGAAUGGAUUAUUGAAUCAACAAACGAAAUCAUUUUUCCGUGAAUGAAUUCAUUAGUUCGUUAGCGACGGGAACGCUUGACCUGGUUUGACUGUAAUUACAUGUAGCAGAGCUAAUAAUUCUGUGACCCUCUGAGUAUCAAAAAUAAUAAGCAAGCGAAUAUUAACGUUAAAAGCCGACGUUUCGGUAUCAUAUAAUUCUGGGUAGAAACACUAAGGCUACAAAGCCAUAAAAUAGUAUAAAAAUAUUUUUUAAACCCUGCCUCGAAUAGCAUUUUUUUGCUAAUUUGCAGGGCAACUGUAGUGUGAAUAUAAGUUUUUGUCAGUUUAAUGGGAAAUAAUGUAAAUUAUUACUUAAAAAUCCUUGUGAAUGUUCAUCUUCAACUGUCUUCCUACAACUGCUUUGUGGUUAUUUGUUACAUUAUAUCACCUUUUUCAGUGAUUGUUUGCGUGUACUACUACUGUUGUAUUUACUGAUUAUAUAUUAAUGUAAUUAAUAAUUAUUGUUAUUUUAAUCAUUUGAUAUAGAUGAAGAAGAUACACGUUAUGCAAAACUUUUACUGGCAUCACGAGAGGAAGUUCUAAAGCAGGUAUGUUGUCUCAUCAUUUGAAGUGAACCUUGACAACUCUUUUACUCUCAGUGCUUGAAAAUGUUGAAAAGUUAAUAAUAAUUGAAAUUGAGUAACUGAAAUGCUUGAAUUAGCACCCAGCUUCACAUAGAAAGGCUAGAAACACCCCAUCUGGUAGUCUUCAAGUAACUUUUCAUCUUCAUGCUGGGGAAUGUUGUCUUCUAACCAUUCAUAAACAUGGAAAAGGAUGUAAUGGCCAUAGGAAAGACAGAUCUUAGCAGUUCUUGUCCUAAAGAUGGCCUUAUAUUCAAAUUUUCUUUGAGCCCUGAAUAGGCCACCCCUCCCAUCUUUGGGCUGAAGUUCUGAAGAACAAAAUAACUACCCCUCCAUUCAACUUAGGUGAACCCUGGAUAAUUUAAAGUAUUGGAACAUUUAAAGAUUCAAAAUGAACUUGGCUUUCAUUUGUUGCAGAAAAAAGAGUGAAUGGUGUUCAAGAUGGUGUAAAUCUAAAGAUCAUUUGAGAUCUUGCUAAAAUGUUAUCUGGCUUUCAAGAUGGUGCCUGAUAACAGUGAGAUCUUCAAUCUCCAUAAUUCUUCAGAUGAUAGUUAAUUAUUGUGUGAAUCUUAUUGCAGAUUAUAGGUCCUGAGGAGACUGCAUUGAGCACUCAAUUAAAGGAAGCCAGGAGUGAACAGGUACAAGCAUUGUGUAGUUCCAGAAAAUAUCCAGACCCCCACCACGGAGGGAAUUUCAUUUAGGACCCCCCCACCUCCCUGGAUUUUCCAUUUUUGCAGGGAACUGAUGACCCCCCACCCCCUCGGAAUUUCCACAAGUGUGACAAAGACCCCCCCAACCCCCCUGGAAAAGUUCAUUUUCACUAAGAAAGACUAUUAAAGUAAAAGAAGCUUGUAUGCUUCUGUUUCCAUCUAUUUGAGUGAUGUCUCGACGCAACAUUAAAACACACUACACCACCACAAAGUAACCUGAUCUGCAAUUUUUGCUCAUCUGUUACUUUAAAUGAAACAGAGAAAGUUAAUAAGUCCGUUAUAUUUGUGAAUUUACCUUAUUAAAAUCAGGGCAAGCUUACGAUUUGUUAUUCGUGUUCAUAGGCGUAAUGUUGAUAGAUUCGUGAAUUAACACCAUUUCGUGCGGGAAUGCAGAACAAGUCGAACUUACGACCACAAAAUUAAUGCAAAACAAAGAGAAGAAUAAAAACUCUGAACUCUAAAAUGAUCGUAACAAUGAAUACCCCCUGCAUCUUGAAGGGAAACCAAGUUCAAUUUACUGUUUUUCGAUCGACUGAUGCGACAUGAUGCUCGAUGGCCGUAUAAAUGUUUGGUGAAAUCGACACCAUUUCAGCGAGGAUUCGAUCAUGAACAUGCCACACCUUCAAGAAAAUGAAAAAGGAGAAUAAAAACUCUUCAUUUUAAAAUGGUUACAAUGUAUAGCUUGUGCUUCGUGAGGCAAAAUUCCCACUCUACUGAUCGAUCGACUGACGCAACGUGGUGAUGUGUUGCACGCGUUGAUAUUUUGAGGGAGACUGGUAACGAGUAAUGGUGGCCGAAUACACGAGCAUGCGAAGCAUGUGAUAAAACAAGUUGUAGUCGGUCUAAUUCCUUUGAAAUUACAUCCAAAACGCUUUUGGAAGAAAGGAAACCUGGUUAAGAUCAAAAGGAACAAUAAUUUCGAGUUAUUUAUGUCCUAAAAAUGAUCUACCAGGUCGGUAACAAGCAAUGUUCGAACUCAGGUCGAAAACGAAAUGAUAUUGACCCCCAGGAAAGUGAUUUUAUGGUCCAACCCCCCUCCCUUCUGGAAUUUCCUGGGCCUCUGACCCCCCACCCCCCUGGAAUUUCCAAUUCCCUCCGUGGUGGGGGUCUGGAUAUUUUCUGGAACUACACAUUAUCCUUUUUGUCAAGGAUUUAGUUGUGUCCUUUUUUUGCAUUUGUUGCCUUUUUUAUAACAACGUUCAGUACUUGUUUGUUUCAAAAAAUUAAACAAAAUUGAGUUUACAUGCCUUAGUUUUAACUUGAGAAUACCUUAGUUUGACCUACAGCAAGUAUGAGGUUAAAAGUCACUUUACUACAAGUAUGGACUUGCUCUCUGAGAUUUGUUUUCAAACCUUAUACUAGUUACUUUAGCCAUGGUAACAGUAAUUAAUAUUAUUUUAGUAAUCAUGUCUUCUAAAACUCCUCAUGUUCAUUCCUUUCUAAUAGUCAGAAGACGUCUGUUAUAUUGAGGUAGCAAUAGAUGCAAUCAAGGUAAGAGUCAAUUUUGAGUAUUUUUUAAAAGAAUUAAUUGUUGCAAACUACCCGUAUCACGUGGGAUUAAAUUCAUGCAUCAGCAAUAGAAUUCAUUGUUUCUUUCUCCUUACUUUUACUAAUAUCCACUAGAAAUGUAUUUAUUUUGCUUCUGCAAAAACUUGUAGCUGCCACCAAAUUGUUCAGUGCUUCUGUGAAAAGCUUAUCAUAGUCCACAUCAUGGCAGGCAUUGAAUUAGUAACUGCUUUUGUUUAACCCGUUAAGUCCCAUUAUCAACAUACAAAUUCUCCAAACUGAUCUCCUUACAUUUCCUUUAAGAAUUAGUUGAGAGAAUUAAAUAAAAGAUCAAGGUUUGGUGAUCAUUUGUUAAUUCUCAUAACUUUAUCUCUUGACAAUGUGUGGAUAUCGUUAGGAGAAAAUUGAUGUUGGUCACUAUUAGGACUUAAAGGCUUAAGAACAAGCAUGAAGAAUUUCUUCUUUUAUCAGGCACGUAAGGACAGUUUGAGUGAAUCAAAAGAUGUCGAAGAAGAAGUGAGGAGUCUCAUGGAAAGUAAGUCUUUUAUUUUUUCAGAUUUGUCAUAGGAAAGAGUAUCGUAAAAUUAAUAACAAAAAUAACAAAUCCCCUUUAUAUAAUGUAAGCUGUGAAACACAAAUGUAUAAGCUCCAAAAUGAGCCCUGAAAAGCUAUAUUUUGGGAAGAAGACUACCAUCAAAUACAAAAGAGACAGUACCAAAUCAUAACUGCAGAAGAUGUGCUUGAAUGUUAGUUUUCUGUUGCUGGGUGUUCUAUUAACUUUGAGCUACUGUAUAAACUACAGUGAAAAGAUGGAUUGACCAUUUGAACAGUCUAUAAACGGGUUUACAGUGUGUGUGGCCUCUCAUUUUGAGCAAGUUAGCAUGUUUGGAGUGUUUGUGUUGAGACUGAUGAAUAUGUAGAGUAGUCAACUUGCCAAUAUUAUUAUUUGCACAUUGAUAACCUGCUAACCCAAUAAGCAGACCACCCGAUGUCGAACUGUAAUUCAAAAAUGCAUUAAUAAUUCAUAAAGAAAAAAACAAAUGGAAGUAAUGUUUGAUGAGACGGCUAAACUUUACAUCCAAUUUUUCAGACCAAAAUAACCACAAAUCUAAAUAUUAGUGCAAGAAUGAGUUGAUCUAUAUCAGAGAUUUUGAAGCCAUUCAAAAAAAUUGCAGUUGCGUGUUAUCAGGUUCAAAAACUCUCAGCUUCGCCUCAAGUUUUUAAACCUGACAAUACACUCUUGCUUUUUGAUUAAUCUUUACAGUACUUUUUACUCCUUUAGCAGGUUUCUCCAUAGAUUAUAAGCUCUGGGUUUAUUUUACAGUAUAGAUUUAUUUUAAUAAAGAGGAGAUAAAUAUUGACUUGAAAGAUAAUGGAGUAGCACUUAUGAGCCAUGCCAAGUCCUGGCUGUGCAGAUAUUAGAUUUUAGAAUUGUUUGGUUUUUAAUUUACUUGCAUGCAAGUGUACUUUGUGCUUGCUUCCUGGCAUUUCAAUGUAACAUCUGAUAAUGUAUUUUUAUCCCGAUGAAUAUUAUUAUAAUUAGUGCAGGCGACAAGAGGAGCGCACAAUCGUGAUCUUCACGUUGUUAUCAUGCAUUUGUCGCAUGUACAGUGUAUGUAACCAGAAUUUGUUUGGACUUCUGCUAUAAAUGAAUUGAAUGCACAGAACACUAUUUGAUCACGCAUGUUUGGACCUUCUGUCACCUAUCAAGUGAAAUUUAUGCAAAGCACAGCAAUGGAGCAAAAGCGUUUGGACCUUCGCUUGUUGUCACCCACUCUUCGUAACCUUUGGUUACUACUAGUUACUUCUCUUUGGAUAACUCAACUGUGUACUUGUAUACUGGCUUACUGUUCAUUUGAUUUUCUUUGCUAAGGUGUUACUUGUAAUGAAAAUGAUAAUGAAAAAAAUGGCCAUGAAGUAACCAGCUGGAAAGUACUUUCCCCAGAUGCUUUUGAGGUACAGACCUUCAAAAAUAUUAUUAACAUUAAAAUAAUCCUUGUUAUCUCUAUCCUUAAACCCUCUUGCCUUAUUCUAUUUUGGUGUACAUUCAGUGGGAAGCCUUCUUGCAAUAUCUUCUGGUUGUACUGUUCAUGACAUUUCUAUAGUAAAACAGUUAUACUUUAAUUGCAUCUGUAACUGUUUCUGCUCUUGAGCAGAACUUUCUUGUGAUACAGUGAGUGCAUAAUAUGGUAGACACCUCUCUGUUACAGGCAGACAAAUAUGGACAGGAGUCAAUCAAAAUGUGCCAAACUUUUUUAUCCACUGAAUUGGUAAAUACAGCACAAUUUUAUUGUUUUAGAUUUUACAUAUUUUUAUUUGGCAAAUUUACUCCAUAGGGUGUGGGAGACUAUGAAGCAGCAUUCUCUGAUGAAGAAGGUGCGAAGGGUGAAGAUCCAGCUUAUAAAGACUUUGCCUUAGCAUGUGAGUCUAAUGCUUCAGUAUCAGAGGAUACAGCCGCGGUAAUGGAGGAGGAUUCUCAAGACUGCAAUCAGCGCAGUAGCGAGAGUUCUACAGGGGAUUCUGGCUCUGAAUCAGCUUCAAGACCUUUAUCACCUCCUCCAACAUCAACACAGUAUUACUACUUUUAUCAAGGUAAGAUGAAUAUCAGUUUGCUAUUUGUUACUUAAUGUUCACCACAGCACAGAUGAACCAAGGGCCGUGAGGCCACUAUGAUUGUUGCCUCUUGCUGUUUUCAUGGAAAAUAAAGAAGAAAAACAGAGCCAAAAGAAAUCAUAACCUAUUUGAUUUUCUGCCUACUUGUUGUAUUUACCCGGUGGCAGCUGCGAUACCGCAACUUAUCAGUGAUGUCUUAGCUUAUAACAAAAGAAAAGUAAUUCACCUAAUUUGUUAUCAUUGUAGCUGAUGAUGGUCAAAAUAUAUUCCUGAGCUCCUUGAAUGCUCGUUGCUUGAUAAAGGUGAGUAUACUGUGAUUUUUUUUAAAUUCAAUUUUAGCUUCUGUAAGUAGGUUUUUUUUGGCUUGAAAAUGUUUUCUUUGUAUUUCUGUUGAAGUGGAAUACUAUUACUUAUUACUUUUUUUGAACACUUUUUACCUCCAGGAAUAUGGAAGUUUGGAGAACAGCCCAGAAUUCAUCACUGGCCAGAUUCUUGAGAUGGAUGCCUUGUCACAAAGUGAGGUUAGUCAAGAAUUAAAAUCAUGAAAGAAUUCAGGUUCAUGAAAGUUAUCGGGGUGUUUUGUGUUAUUGUACUUGUCGAAUUAUCACUGAAGCAAUGUAGUCAAGUCAAUGUAGUCUUGCACAGAGUAUGAACACAGAGCAAGCCGGCAAACCAUGUGAGCCAUGUGAAAAAAUAAAAAAAUUUGAAAAGAAGUAAUACGAAUGAAGAUCGGAGGGCAAGAGGAAGACCAAAAACUACUUGGAGACGGACAGUCGAGACAGAGUGAAACAAAGCGGGGUGGAAGAGCUGGGAAGUUGCCAAAGCACUUGCACAAGACAGAAAAUGUUGGUCAGUCACUGUAGAUGCCUUAUGCGCCUACUGGUGCGAUAAGAAAUGAUAAUGAUGAUGAAUACGGAAAACAUUAACUAAAAGCUAACUGUUGUAAGUAAGUAUUUAAGCCUAAACAGUGCUUAAGCUUAACCCCUGUUAGCUAAAUGAGCACUUAGCCCUUGUCAGUGAAAGUUAAGAUUGAGUUAUUCUACAAUUUUUCCAGCAGCCAAAAAACGUCAAAUACCCAUAGGGAACUAAGCAGGAAACUGAUUUCUCAUGUAUUUGCAAUUUCAUAAAACUUUAUUAAUUUUUUCCCAUGGCUUGCAGGAGUAACAUGGCUCGCUGGCUUGCACAAUUCUCCUCCCUACUAAAACGACACUUUGUGUCAUUGCGUGACAACGACGGUUUGUGUCAUUGCGUGACAAUAGUGAGUCUACGCAACAGGACGGCAGAAAGAAGAGGACGGCAAAGCGCUCAUGUGUGACAAACGUGAUAGGGCUAUUACUCGUGUGUUUUGUUGUGAUCAUUAUUUAACAUUAUGUUUUCUAGUCUUUUACAAACAUACUCGUUUCAAGAAAAGUGAAGUUGGGCCGAAAGUUUGUUCAAACAAAAUUAUUGUCACGCUUGUCACACAAGGUUUACCGUCUUCUUCCUCUCCCGUCCUGUUGCGUAAGUUCACUAAUUUUGUGUCGUUGCGUGUCAUCGAAAAGAACUAGUACCAUUGUACCGACAAACUAAUUAACUGGUCCCUCCAAAACAGAGUUCACCUGAUGGCAAUUGCUAUUGAUGCGUUAUUUUACACAAUACUUUCUUUCUUGUUGUUUAGGCACUUCGUAAAAAGUAUCGCUAUUUAAGCCACCUUCCUCUGACAUGUGAAUUUGUCAUCUGUGAGCUGGACAUCAAGCCACCCACUUUGUCACGAGAAACACUCAGUUUCUUUAAAGGUAUGUUGUAGCCUUUCAAGGAAAUAAAACUUUAAUCUAAUUUGUGAUUUUUUGCCCGUAGACAGAGGAUCUGUAAGUGAAUCUAAUAUUAACUGGUAAUGCUUUUAUGCUAAAGAAGACAAUGAGACCUCAGUGACUCUUAAUGUAACGUCAAAUUAAAAUUUUUGGAUGUGAUAGUUAUAAGUCCCACUACUAAGUCCUUCUCGCUGACUUUUUUGCUCACAAGCUGAAGGACAGUAACACAACUUGAAAGAACUAAAAAGAAACUACCUUUCUUCCUUGUGAAUUGCAUAUUUUUUCAGUCAUGCACUCUGAUGCAAAUUGUACCAUUUUCAGUGCGGCUUUAAGCACUUGUGACAGACAUUUGUGUUGCAUCUGUCACUAUUAUUUUAACUUUUUGUUUCUUUUUUCAGAGGAAUUACAGCGUCGGAGACAUCAGCGGCAGAAAAAGUUAAGAAUGGAAAAGAGAAGAGAACAGAAGUCUGUCACCACUGCCGCUACUUCAUAUAGUUCUGCUGAUAGAUCUGCCGCCAGUGAGUAUUUAUUUUGUAUGUUCAGUUAAAAACUUCGCGGAAAAAAAAGACCUUAUUUGGUAGCAAACGUUCAGCCUCUUCUAAACAACCAAGCGUUUUCCCUGAACAUCACGUUUUUCUAGCAAAACUUCCGCCUUAUGGGUUUCACUGUGUGACAGAGUCGUAAAGCUACCUUGUGCCAACAAUGUUGGGAGUUGUUGCGUCCGUGUUGGCAGUGGUGUGCAAACGGAUGCAAAAACUCCCAGCAAUGUUGGGACCUGCGGUGCAUCGAAGGAAGGAUACACCCAUAAGACGCAUAAGAUGUAGAGAACAUGUGUAAUGCGCGUGCGUGGUCCCAACAAUGUUUCUGUUUUGCUUCAAGGUAGGUCCAUGGUUCCUGAACCCCUGGAUUUACAACUGGCUAGUGAUUUAGAGUUCCCUGCUCAAGCUGGAGGGCAGUUAGCCUUCUCCCCACCCAGCAACUCUUCACCCAGUCCAUUCAUGCAGUUUGCAGCUUCUUUGGCCAACCAAGGUAAGAGAACUGACAAAAAAUCAUGACCCUAAUCCAGAUAGGCAGCGAAAAUGUCUCCUUCUACGAAAAGCGCGAACUGCCUUUACACAUACAGGCCGCUUUGCAGGUUAGUCGACUUAAAAAUUGACGCACGCAAUAUACAGCUAUUUCGAGAAAGGUUGUCGGAAAAAGUGCACGCGACAAUCCCGAAAGGUAUUGUGGGUAGUUUUGAACACUGCUCUUCAAAGAAAUUUGAAAGAACGCAAGAGAGGCCAUAUACUUAUGUUUGCCAGUACUAAAGAAAGCAACAAAAGUAGGUUCGACAGCUACAGUGUCAGGAACAGUGAUUGUGUAUUGAUCAUAUCCCAUAUUACCUUUUGGGACUUUCGCGUGCACAUUUUUUCCGACAACCUUUCUCGAAAUAGUUGUAAGGUAGGCGAGAAGCUUCGUUGGAGCGAGAAGCUUCCUCUGUCAGGCAGGGUAAGUUCAACUGAUCCUACUAUUCAAACGAAUAUUGUUUUUCGUGUAAGCACAUAAAAGUAAUUCUUCACCCGAAAAACAACCACAGUUUUAUACAUUUACUGUGAACCGAUUUGAUAGCGAUUUAAUUCGUGUCGUUUUUGUUGGUACAAGAGAAGGCGUGGCGUGUAUUCGCACCAAAGUAUGGACUGAUGGUGCUUUAGGGUUACUUCUGUCUUACUGUGUGGUGACAAAGGCCUUGAAAAAAUGGAUUCUUUCCUUGAUUAGUCUUUGUAAAAAGUUUAAGGUCUGUGUGAAUCUCUCUGGUGAAUUCAGCCACUCUAUGUCACUUCUAAAUACCGUCAGUUGAAUCAAAACAUGCUCACCCCAUUACUGUCGAAUUGUCUGCAGAUGACUGCGAUGUGACAGUGACUGAAGCGGAAGGAGCGAGUGCGCAAGACAACUCGGGACCUGGGCCCCCAUCGUUUGCUCAGGUGAGUCUUGAUGGAGUAAACUCCCUUGUCAGUGGAACUCCGCUAUAACGAACCUCGCUAUAACGAAGACCCCGUUAUAACGAAAAACAUCUGAAAGCCUGGCAGAAUUACAAUAAAAUGUGUGGAAACGAACCCCGCUAUAACGAAUAGAUUUUGACGGUCCCAACGCACAAUUUACCUUUACCCCGCUGUAACGAACAUUUUGUCCGGUCGCUCUCAGCAGUCAGUAAAAAAGACAGAUUUGAAUAGAAAUCACAGCUUGCUUUAAUUGAAAGUGUUUUUGAAUUUGAUGUCUUGAUUGUCAGCGCUUUACACACUUACAGUUUACAGUAUCAAAUGAAUAAAAAUAAUGUCUUCUACGUGCAGUAUUAAAUUUUUGGUAAUUGUUCUUUAUUAAAUGACCCCGCUAUAACGAAUAUUUUUGCUGUUAAUUAGAUAAUUCGUCAUAACGAAGACUUCGCUAUAGCGAACAAUUUUUUCGGUACCGUGGCACUUCGUUAUAGCGGGGUUCCACUCUAUAGACGUGUGAUUCUAACUCAGGCAGGCUAACCUCUGAACGAUAGAGUAAAUAUGUCAAGUUUCUGAGGCGGAAACGUAAUAAAUGGGAACGUAAUUUGGUUAAUAUUUGGUUAAUACUGGAAGGAAGUAACUACAGGGGCCAGUUUUAAAAACAGUAUCGUCAGACGCCGUAACGGAAAACGCCUGUUUUGUUAAAAACAAAAAGUAUGACUGGGCUGAAAGUGAGACCAGCUCUUGCGAUUGAAGUCUCGAAGUACUUAAAGAAGAACGAGUAACGUGUUUCAAGCAGCCCAUUUAGGAAGGGUUAUCUGUACCAUACUAGUUUUUCACGCUGUUCUUUUCCCUUUUAGGCACUGAGAUCCAAGAAGGCUAUUGAAACAACUAAACGGGUAGAGAGACCCCAACCCAAAGGUAAGAAUAAAAAUCUAAAAUGGCUUGUUUGACUUACGGCGGCGCACUUGGGCGAUCGAGGCAUAAGGUUUCCAACCAUUCCUUCUCUCCGGGUCGCGUUUUCAUAACUUUGUCCCCUUCUCACCAAACAAACCGCCAGCCACGCAGGCUAAUAAUUACCUUCACCACUUCCAAGUAAACACAGAUUAAGGUAAUCCAGUGAACCGAAGUAAUCCACACUAUGCAAAGUAAGUUUGAUAGCGCUAUCCACAGGAUAAAUCACUGUCCAGUGGACAAGUAUCAGGGAAACCAACUGUGUUAUCCACUGAUAGUUAGCCUGUGUACAGACGCCCCCUCCUCUCAAAGAAAAUCUCUCCCUCCUCCUUUUGAGGGGAGGGUUCGGCUGUACACAGGCUACUAAUUGUAAAUUAUACAGUGGAUACCACUAUUAUAUGCACUUUUUGAACAACUGGGUUCAAGGUAACAUCUGGUUUUUAGCUCUCAAUCUUACUGAUCUCAUUUAGUUAAUCUUACUGAUAAGCAAAUGAGCGAAUUUUUUCUAGUGACAUUUAGCAAUAUUGUGACCCUACUGAGUACAAUAUUGAUGUCCUACUUUACAGUGAUAACGAGGAUACCAGCUUGGGCUGAAGUUGCAGAUGACGAGGACUAUAUACCAGUUCCCACUUUCCAGUCGGCCUUUACUGAAGCCCUGGGUGCAGCAGAUUGGACCAUAAGUAGCGGAACAAAAUCAGCAGGUCAAGGUAAGAAGUUUGAUCCCAAUUGAUCAUUAUCUAUUUAUUUAUUUAUUUAUUUAUUUAUUUAUUUAUCUUUGUUCCGUAAACGCCUUUUUAGUGGUGAAGCGACUAGGGUUCUCUGCUGUUCUUGGUUCGAUUACCCACCAGAGUUUGGGAAAAUGAGCCCGUUCUCCCCCUCCCCCGCCCUCCCUCCAACCGAACGUUUCUCCGGGAGAGAAACAAAGACCGGAGUCGGGAAAGUGGCGCAAAUCGAGGCUGUGCUGAUCCGGAGGGAUUACCCGCCGCCAUUUGGAAAAAUGAGCCCGUUCUCCCGUCCCCUACCCCCUCCAACCGAACGUUUCUCCCGGGGAGAAACAUUAAAGCGGUGGAAAUCGAGGCUGUGCUGAUACGAAGGGCUAUACAGGGGGCAGUAAACUUUUCAAGAUAGGAUAAACCUUAUCAGGUUGGCCGCAAAGGUAGAAGCCAGACUAGACCUUAAUUAUUAGAGGAGCAAACCCUAAGAAAAAAAAUCGUGGGAAGACGGCAUUGCUCCAGCAGUGAAUAAGGAUAUUCAUCAAACAAACUGAUUUAUUCUCCUCUGAUCGUUGAGAUCCCGUACUUGCAUAUACAACGAACAAUAAUUGCAGUAGCGACCACUAGCUUGUUAUCAGGUUAAGACUUUUAGUGUUGGUAUGGAAGGCGUCUUUCAUUGAGGGACAUUGGGAACAACGUAAGUAAUAAUUAGAGACGAGAAAUAUCUGCGCGCAUGGUGAAGCCGUCACCUUACGACUCAUUCUUCACUCCUUUUGUAAAAGCGCUCCACCCACGUUUCUCGUUAUUCCUGAGCCACUUUUGCUAAAGGCUGUUUGUAGCUCGGAACGUUACCCCUAGAACCUUAAACUGACCGGCGUUAGUCCAAUUCGUCUCACUUGCAACACUGUACAACAGUUUCUUUAGAAACUGACCCCAGCUGGCUUAGACACUGCGUAGGGUUUAUUUGUUGAUGAUCUUCUUUCUGUGGUUGUGAUUCAAAUCUUCUUCCAACCAGCUGUUUGCUUGUUCCUUCCCUUAUCAGGCGCUCCUGAGGAACAAAGCAGUGGAAAGAAGCAAAAGAAAAACAAAAAGAAACUUCUUUUUACCACUGGCAGCUUCAUGAAGUAUUCAUAAAACAUAUUAAAUUAGACUCUGAACACCGGUGUAAUGCUAUCCGUGUCAGUAUAGGGUGUUAAUUUUGAACAAUUGCGAGUUCAUAGUCGCCGACUUCGGUGAAAAUUUGUAACACUUUUCUGAAAGGUUUAUCGGAAAUAAAAAUCAUCAUUGAAAUAGUGACGAUGUAUGUUUCCAAAUUCUUGACAACUGUAGACUCCUCGUCCACCAGAUCUUAAAGACCGUACUUUCGUCAAGACGGUUCCAGUUGGGAACCAUGGAAAGUGUUGUGGGUUUUGUUAGGCUAGAAUUCAUUGGCGGUUUUCUGUUGAAAGAGACGUUUACUAUCCGUGCAAGCAUGUCUACUGGGUGUUUGUGGAGUUGUGCGCAUGUGCAACAAACUCGAAAGUCCUUUAUCAUCUGUUGCACGAGGAAAAAACGGUGAUGUUAGACAACCUUACUGUGAGCUGCAUGUAAAAUUCUGUGACGCCCUUUCACUGUGUAUAUAUGUUGGCUGGGAUAUUCUUCUAGGCAUCACACCAAGUCUCGUCGUUAAGAAUUUGUCAACUUAUGAGGAUGGCGCCACUUUCAGUUUGUCUUCUUACGGCGGAGUUUGUGUUGAAUACUUUCAUAGUAC